UUUGCUAAUAUAAUUUGUAGUUAUCUCCCCCCCCCAACAACCACAAGCACCGGCCUGACACGCCUGUGCAGUGAGCGUGAGGUCCUUCACAUUUUCACUCAGGCACUCCACACUGGUACCCCGAAGGGCCCUCAACACCGGACACAUACACACGUGUGUCGUGCGCCGUAACGAUGGCGGACCUACAGAUGAAGCUUCUCCGCAAGAAAAUUCAGAAAAGAAGUGAAAAGAACAAAGAGCGCAAACUACUCCAGACACAGACAGAGGGCACAGAGGCCGUGAACUCAAACGGGUUGGCAGAGGAGUGUUGUGAGGAACCAGCAGCUGUUUGUAAAGCUGACAACAAGCCCAAGAAAAAACAGAAGAAGCAGCUUGGGGUACCAUUGGAAGGGAUCACAUCAGAGCAAACUUCUUUGAAGAAGAAGAAGACAAAGAAGAAAAGAAAGCUUGCUGACACUGCGGAAUCACCAGCUGAGAAGAAGACCAAAACAGUGAAAGGAGCAGAGGAAGAGGAGGAGGAGGAGGAGGAGGAGGAGGCGGAGGAGGUAGCAGCAACAUUAGCAGAUGGAGAGCAGGCUACUGAAAAUCCAGAGGAAGCUUCAGAUGAAGAAGAAGAGGACAAAACUGGAGAGGGGGAUGAUGAAGAGGAUGAUCAACCUGAAUUACCAUCUGGCUUGACAGGAGCAUUUGAGGACACAUCCUUUGCCUCCCUUGCUGAGCUGGUAAGUGAGAGCACGCUGAAAGGAGUAAAGGAGAUGGGCUUCGAAUACAUGACUGAGAUCCAGCACAAAAGUAUUCGUCCCCUGCUGGAAGGAAGGGACGUUCUGGCUGCUGCCAAGACAGGUAGUGGUAAAACCUUGGCCUUCCUCAUCCCAUCUAUAGAGCUCAUCUACAAACUCAAGUUCAUGCCCAGGAAUGGCACUGGUGUAGUGAUCCUUUCACCCACACGUGAGUUGGCAAUGCAGACUUAUGGUGUGCUGAAGGAGCUGAUGACGCACCAUGUGCACACCUUUGGUCUGAUCAUGGGGGGCAGCAACCGCUCAGCUGAGGCCCAAAGACUGGCCAACGGUGUCAACAUCCUGGUGGCUACACCUGGCCGUCUACUGGACCAUCUGCAGAAUACCCCAGGCUUCAUGUUCAAGAACCUCCAGUGUCUGAUCAUUGAUGAGGCUGACCGUAUCUUAGAGGUGGGCUUUGAAGAGGAACUGAAGCAGAUCAUCAAACUGCUGCCAAAGAAGAGACAGACGAUGCUGUUUUCAGCCACUCAGACCCGUAAAGUGGAGGAUUUGGCUCGCAUCUCCCUGAAGAAAGAGCCCCUUUAUGUCGGUGUAGAUGACAACAAAGACAAUGCCACUGUUGAUGGCCUGGAGCAGGGUUAUGUGGUGUGUCCAUCAGAGAAGCGCUUCCUGCUACUCUUCACCUUCCUGAAGAAGAACCGCAAGAAGAAGCUCAUGGUCUUUUUCUCCUCCUGUAUGUCUGUGAAAUUCCACUAUGAACUACUCAACUAUAUUGACCUGCCUGUCAUGGCCAUCCAUGGCAAGCAGAAGCAGACCAAACGUACCACCACCUUCUUCCAGUUCUGCAACGCUGACUCAGGCAUCCUGCUGUGUACUGACGUGGCAGCUCGAGGCCUGGACAUCCCUGAGGUGGACUGGAUCGUCCAGUACGACCCCCCAGAUGACCCCAAGGAGUACAUCCACAGGGUGGGCAGAACAGCCAGAGGCAUCAAUGGCAGAGGCCACGCGCUCCUCAUCCUCCGACCAGAGGAGCUGGGAUUCCUCCGCUUCCUGAAACAGGCCAAGGUCCCAUUGAGCGAGUUUGACUUUUCUUGGAGUAAAAUCUCUGAUAUCCAGUCCCAGCUGGAGAAGCUGAUUGAGAAGAACUAUUACCUCCACAAGUCAGCCCAAGAGGCCUACAAGUCCUACGUGAGGGCUUAUGACUCUCAUUCGCUCAAACAGAUCUACAGCGUCAACACCCUCAACCUCCCCAUGGUGGCGCUGUCCUUUGGCUUUAAAGUUCCUCCAUAUGUUGAUCUGAACGUCCACAGCAGUAAAGGUGCAAAGUUGCAGAAGCGCGGCGGUGGAGGCGGUUUUGGAUACCAGAAGUCCAAGAAUGCACAAAAAGCCAGAAUCUUUAAGCAUGUCAACAAAGGAAAGGGUGACAGGAGGCAAUUCUCCCGCUGAGCCCCUUCAAAUAAACUCCUCCUGGACUGAUUCCUCUGCUAUGUAUCUGAAGAACUGCCCUUUUUUAUUACAUGAACUUCCUGCUUUGAACAGAGUGCUUAUAGUGUGUAGGGCACAUCUCUCUCUGACGUCAGUUAGGCCCAGCUGUCCUCCUAAGAGUUGUUUCCAAUAUUUUUUUGUAAAUGUAAACAUUGUGAAUGUUGUGUUGAAGAGGCCGCUGCAUUCCUUGUGUGUGCCACUGUGGACUUCAGAUCAACAAAAAUACUCACUUUUCUAACCUUUGUUCAUUUCACCUGACUGGAAGAUUAAAUAUCUAUUGACUUUAAA